CGGCUCAUAUUGUGAACCACAACUUUGACGACCGCACCCCCAAUGGCAGUUUAGGAAAAACAAGACAAACAAACAGGGGAAAAAAACAAGUAGGCGCUCCAGGUGACUGAAACGGUUCAAGGAAUUUAACCAGCGCGCAGCGUGGGUAAAACGCGCAGCGGCUCUCUUGCUGCGCGCUUCCUUUUCUUUUUAAUCCUAACAAAACAGUUUUGUAUUUUUUAUCUGUGCUGGACUGAACACAUUAUGUUAAAAAUGACAGAGGAGCAUGACAAGAGUGUCAACGACCGACCUUGCAGUCCAUCAGGGACAAACAGCUCCAUGUCCCAGGACGAGUCCGACUCCGACUCACCGUCCUCACCAACGGGCUCGGACGGCCAGGGAUCCCUGCUCAGCGGGUUGGGCAAGAAGCUGGACUCCGAGGACGAUGAGCGCUUCCCAGCCUGCAUACGGGACGCGGUCUCGCAAGUCCUCAAAGGAUACGAUUGGUCCCUGGUUCCGAUGCCAGUGAGAGGCAACGGAUCGCUGAAGACCAAACCGCACGUCAAAAGACCCAUGAAUGCGUUCAUGGUUUGGGCACAGGCGGCCCGCAGGAAGCUGGCGGAUCAGUAUCCACAUCUGCACAACGCUGAGCUGAGCAAGACACUGGGGAAACUCUGGCGCCUUCUUUCUGAAAGCGAGAAAAGGCCCUUUGUAGAUGAAGCAGAGAGACUGCGGGUUCAGCACAAAAAAGAUCAUCCAGACUAUAAGUACCAGCCACGGCGGCGGAAGAAUGUGAAACCAGGCCAGAGCGACUCAGACUCAGGGGCAGAUUUGGCACAUCACAUGUAUAAAGCUGAGCCAGGGAUGGGGGGACUGGCAGGAAUGCCUGAUGGACACCACCACCCUGAACAUGCAGGGCAGCCUCACGGACCACCUACACCACCCACCACCCCCAAAACAGAUCUCCACCACGGAGUUAAGCAGGACCUGAAGCACGAAGGCCGCCGCCUUCCCGACAGCAGCAGGCAAAACAUUGACUUCAGCAAUGUGGACAUCAACGAGCUGAGCACUGAUGUCAUCAGCAACAUGGAGACCUUUGAUGUUCACGAGUUCGACCAGUACCUCCCGCUAAACGGCCAUGCAUCGGGCUCCUCCGCCUUAUCCUCAGACCACAGUCAUGGACCGGUUCCAGUCCCCGGCAGCUCCUAUGCUUCCUCAUACAGCACUGGUGCUUCAUCCUGGAGCCGAAAAUGCGGCAUAUCCUCCACUUCUCCCCCCGCCGGCGAGGUCGGCCAGCACCGUCUCCACAUAAAAACAGAGCAGCUGAGCCCCAGCCACUACAGUGAGCAUUCCCACGGGUCACCGUCACACUCUGAUUACAGCUCCUACAGCAGCCAAGCCUGUGUCACCUCAGCCACUUCGGCCGCCUCGGGUGCUGCCUCAUUUUCCAGCUCCCAGUGUGACUAUACUGACCUGCAGAGCUCUAACUAUUACAGCCCCUACUCUGGCUACCCCUCUAGCCUCUAUCAGUACCCCUACUUCCACUCAUCUAGGCGGCCCUACAGCAGCCCGAUCCUGAAUAGUCUAUCUAUGGCUCCAGGCCACAGCCCUACUGCCUCCAGCUGGGACCAGCCCGUCUACACCACCCUGUCUCGACCUUAAAGAGGACCAGAAACAAUCUGUUUGCACCAGAGACUCAUUCAGUUUGAUGCACUACUAAUGAAGGACAUAAGGCAAAGGCGAAGAGCUUUAUGAAGGGGCCUGUAGGGCCACCUGCGACCCUUUGAACAUGAAACAAACACAAGAAAAAGUGCCUGCUGAUUUUAUACAAAGUUCUAUUGUUGAGAUGAAAAAAAACCCCAACACUUGUACAGAGGUUUUACACAAAGAGAACUUGUGUUGUUAAGAGAGCCAAACUCCUCCAUGAGGACAUGUUACUUAAGCUGGCUUCUUGUACAUCCCUAUGCUUUUCAGUUUGAAUUGCAAAAGUGCACCGUCAAGGUGAAGGUGCAGAUUUGCUGCAGGAAUGAAAAAGUUUGGCUGUGCACACAUGACCAGUUAUGCUGAAGCUGUAGUAAAAUUUUAAUGAUGGCCGGAGCUAUAUAAACGCAGCACACUAUUUGCAUCAAUGAAUCAGCCUUAAAAGGAAAAAAGGCUCAUCUGAAUUUUGUGUCAUUUUGCAUAAGAAGUCUUAUAUGUAUUUAUGUUUAUGCAUUAUUGGAUUUUUGUUUUUUAAUAGAUAAACACAUGGUACAUGUGGGUUCCUUUUUUUGGUUAUUUAGAGUACUGUUUUAUUGAAUUAAUGAAAAGGAGGUAAAUUAAGUGAAGCACCGUGCAUUUAAUAUUCCGUUGAAUUUCCAGAUGGAUCUCCAUUCCAGGUUUGGGACAGACAGGACCAACAGACUCUCGCGCAGGACUCAGAACAGGUGUCUGAAAUCUACGCUUGGCAAAUCGCAAUUAGUCAUGAUGUGGGCUUAAAGGAAAUGGAGUAAAACAACACCACACGUUGAGUGACACGUCAGCUGGACCUGUAUAUGUCCAUGGACAACGCGAGAAUACUUGAGCGAACAUGCAUCCAUGUGUGAUGGGAGAGAUAAUGUGCAGAUGCAUGUGUGAGAGCAUUUUCUUGGGGGACUGAAUACAUAUCCCAUGACAUAAUCAUAAUAUACACCAAAUGAUACAGAAAACAUCUUUUUUUUUUACUUUAUCCCCUGGAAGUUAAUUUAAGCGUGACUGUUUUCCCAUAUUUAUUUCAUAAACCAUUGAAAGGCAACUCACUGCUGCAUAAAACUGUUUUUGUGCCUUCUAAUGCUUAUUGUCAGUAUUUUAAAAUGAAAUUGAAUUUUUUAACUAACAAACGAUGCACUCCAGAGACUUGCUCGUCAUUUUGUCCCUAAUUUGAUAUCAUUCCCUAAAGCAUCAGUUUGCAGAAUUACAAUAUGGCAUAACUGUAUUUUUGUGCAUCAUUUGGAAAGAAAGGCUGUGAAAAUGAUUGUUCUAUUAACUAGUUUCAUGCGCACAUGCACAUCUAACCCUUUUUGCUGGCCGUUUUUAAAAGAAAAAGAAAUAAAUAAUAGUUUUUCUUGAUGUUUUUCUUUUUUUGUUCCUCUUAUUUUCCAACUACACUUCCGUCAGUUCCGUCUUGUACAUUUUUGUGCUCAAAUAUAUUUGGAAACGAUUGUGGAAAAAGCUAUAAUAAAAUGAGAAAUAUUUCAACUGUG